CAGGGCCAAUGAGGAAGCUGAAGUAUGUUGAGAGUCCCCGAGUGCCAGCAGACUCAGCUGUAAUGCCAUUGAGAAAAGUCUUGGAGCUGCCGGACCCCAACCAAAAUGAAUCUGCACUCGAUAAGACCUCGGGUUGUUCACCGGCUGCUCAGGAGCUGAUGACACGGCUGGGAUUCUUGCUGGGUGAAGGCAUUCCGAACACUGCGCGAGUUUCUAUGGAUGAGAAGAAUGAAACUAUGUGUACAGUGACAAGUCACGGGAUAAGUCCCUGCUCAACGCUGACAAACAGCACAGCUUCUCCAAGCACCGCCAGUCCUUGCUCCACGCUGAACAGCUGCAUCAGCAAAACAGCCGCAAACAGAACCAGUCCCAGUGGAACCAUCAGCAGCCCAAGCUCCACCCUGGAGAGCAAAGACAGC